CUGAUCGGCGAUUGAAAUAGAUUAAUGUUAUUAUUUUUGUUUUAUUGAAAAUGAAGCAAUUUCUGAAAGGACUCCCCAAAGUUGAGCUCCACGCGCAUCUGAACGGCUCCCUGGGAGUCGAUAGCCUGCGUGAUCUCGCCGAGCGGUUGUAUGGGUCCGCCCCAGAGAAGUUGUUGGAGCUGUGCUUCAUCCGAUGCGAAAAGGAUUUGGAUGCCUGCUUCGAGACGUUUAAGUUUGUGCACGAGUUGACCGCCACUGCGGAGGGUCUGCGAUAUGCCACGGAGCUGGCGGUGAGGGAUUUCGCCCAGGACAAUGUGCAGUACGUCGAACUAAGGACUACACCCAAGGCAAACGCACACUAUUCACGAAGGGAUUACCUGGAGAUCGUGAUCGAGGCGAUCAUUGAGGCAAGGAAAAAGUAUCCGGAUAUACUGGUCAAACUACUGCCCUCUAUUAAUCGGGCGGAACCAGUUGAUGUGGCUGAGGAAACUGUUUCUUUGGCAGUGGAGUUGGCCCAAUCGUAUCCGCAUUUGAUCCUAGGAAUCGAUCUCAGCGGCAAUCCAGCCAAGGGGAGAUUCUCUGACUUUGCUCCUAUUAUUUCCAAAGCCCGUGAAAUGGGUCUAAAACUAGUUAUACACUGUGCGGAAAUUAAAAAUCCGUCAGAGGUCCAGGAAAUGUUGGAGUUCGGAAUGUCCCGCUGCGGACAUGGAAGCUUUCUGACCCAAAAGGAAAUUGAGCUGCUCAAACAACGCAAUAUACCCAUCGAAUGUUGCCUAACGAGCAAUGUCAAAUCGGGAACAGUGUCCAGUUUGGAGGAGCAUCACUUAAAGAGGAUCAUGGAGGCGAAUGCACCCAAGGUCAUUUGCACAGACGACAGCGGAGUCUUUGACACCACGUUGACUCAGGAGUUUCUGCUAGCUACGGAAACAUUUGGAUUAACCCGAAGACAAUGCGUUGAUCUGACCUUGGAGGCUGUGCAUCAUUCAUUCGCCACCGACCAGGAGCGAAAGAAGAUGGCGGAAAGGGUGGAAAACUACGCUGCCAGCUUGCAAAAAUAGGAGCUUCAACAUUGUAUUUAUUCGGUUCUG